GAAAUGAUAGAAUCAAUGAUAUCUGAAUCAAAAGAAUCGCCAAUAAAAAAUACAUCCAAAUUUGAAAAUCAAUAUAAUAAUAUUAAAAAAUAUGAAAAUAGACAAUUUUCAAAUUAUAUACAAAAUUCAAACAAAAAUAAUCAAUAUAAAAAUGAUAAUAUUACUUCAAAAUAUGAAAAUGAUCAAAAACAAAAAUAUAAAAUGCCAAUAAAUGAUGAUUAUUUUAAUAAUCAUUCAAACAAAAUAAACCAUUUACUUGAAAGAAUUUAAAAUAUAAAAUAUCAAAUAAUAUUGAAAAAGAAUUUAGUUCAAAUAAUCUUAUAUUAAAAAACAUUUGUAAUGAUGAUACAAAUAUAGAAAUAAAACCUUUGACAGAAGCAGAAAUGAAUAAGCUAGGAGCAAAAAUUGUUAAAGCUGAAAUAAUGGGUAAUAUUAAACUUGCUGAUGAAUUAAAAAUGCAAUUACAAAAAGCUAGAGAAAUUAUACAAAAUACACAAAUAUGCAAUAUAGAAAAAAUUCCAGAUAUAAUUUUAACACAAACUGAUGCAAAAGGUAUUACAAGACCAUUAGAACCCAGAACUCAAUCUAUAGAAUCUUUGCAAAAUAUGAAACGAAAAAAUGCAGAGACACAUGUUCUUGGAAAGAAAGUGCGACAUUAUUUUGAUGAUGACAAAUAUUCAUUACAAAAAUUAUUCCAAAAAGAAAAAGGAAGAUCUACAAAUGAAGAUGAUGCAACAUUUAUGAAAGCUGCUUGUAAGGGUCUAGAUAUGGAUGAGAUAUUUGAAGAACAUAUUACAUAUAUUAAGACAGAUAAAAAACAGAAUGAGAAAGAUCGUUUAAUUGCUAUUAAAGAACAUAAACAUUUAUCAAAAAGUUUAGAUGAUUGUCACUGGUGUAUUGAUUCAAAAUAUAUGUUGAAACAUAUGAUUAUUGCAAUGGAUUCUGAAAUUUGUUUAAGUCUUCCUCAAUAUACUUCUUUGACUAUUGGACAUUGUAUAAUAACACCUUUACAACAUAUUGCUUGUCAAUUACAAUUAGACGAAAAUAUUUGGGAAAAAUUAAAGUUAUUUAAAAGAGUUUUAUACAAGAUGUUUAUGGAUCAAAAUCAAUAUCCAGUGUUUUAUGAAAUAUACAAAAGUUCUUACAAAUUUUCACAUAUGCGAUUGGAAUGUAUUCCAAUACCAAAAGAAAUUGGUGAAUUAGCGCCAAUAUAUUUUAAAAAAGCCUUAUUAGAAUGUGAAACAGAAUGGUCAAUGAACAAAAAAAUAAUAAAUCUUGAACAUAAAGAUAUACGUCAAGCUAUUCCAAAUGGUCUGUCAUAUUUUAUGGUAGAAUGAAACAAUAAAGGAUAUGCUCAUGUUAUUGAAGAUGAGCAUAUGUUUUCAAAGAAUUUUGCAGAGGAAAUUAUAGGCGGAAUGUUAGAUUUAAAACAUAAUAUAUGGCGGAAACCAAAAAAAGAAAAUGUUGAUCAGCAACAUGAAAAAGUAUUAAAAUUUUUAAAAAUAUGGAAAAAAUAUGAAUAUGAAAUAAAAAAUUAAUUAUGAAACUACAUGUAAAAAUAGAUACAUAUUCUUAUUAGCAAAUUUGAUCUACUAGUUUUUUUUUAUUAUUACAGUAUUUGCAUAGUAGAAAAUUAGUUAGGUUAUUAUUGUCAAUAUUGUUUAAAAAUUA